AUGAAGCUGUUGAUUCCUCUUUUUGCUGUUCUGGUUUCCUUUGUGUAUGCCAACUCCUAUUCAACUUAUUCAGAAGAUAUACAGGAUAUUAAUCCGUUUUACUAUGCGUAAGUGUUCCGAACGUAAUAAAAUAGUUUAUUGUGGUAACCGAACAAAAAAAUCUCAAUUUUCAUCGAGUAAAGUCGAAGUUUUCGAUAUACUGAAAAAAAACUGAAACUAUGAUUUCGCAGACCACCUGAACGUCAUCACAAGAAACACCACGACAGCCACAGUGACAGCGACAAAGGCAGGUGGGAUACCAAAAAAAAGUUUAAUCACCGUAGGCUUGAAUCAUGGAUGUUGGUCUUCAUGAGAAAUUACGCAAAAAACGUAUUCGGACGUAAUUUUUUCUAAGCUAGUUCAAAAUUAAUGAAUUUCGAACUCAGAAGAAGACGCCACCACCGACACCGUGGCUACAGAAACGAAGGCUACGAAAACAACUACGACUACGGCAAUCACAAUGAUUACGGUCAUGGCAGCAACUACGGCAGCAACUACGGCAACAACCAGAACUACGCUCCUCCGGUCUACUCUCCUCCCGUCUUCUCUCCUCCUGUACCUCAUCCUUACCGAGGACCCGCUGCCGCUGACGUUCCAUCUGCCCCCGUAGCUACUCCGACUUCUUAUUAG